ACUAAUAGCUAGGCCUUCCCUCUUUUUCUUUGUAUUUCAACAAAAAUGCUGAUUCUCCAUUUAUAAACACAAUCUCCUACGUUUGUCUGCUGCAACAUUAAUAAUCACUCAUAUCUCAAGUCCCAACCAACACAACCUCUAGCAUGGAAAUUCCUUCCUCCUUGAUCUAUUUUAUGCUGUUGUUGGAGCACUGUUUCAUGGCUAGUUUAGCUGUACCGGCGGCAGCAAGAACCAACAUAACCACAGACCAAUCAGCUCUUCUUGCCCUCAAAGACUGCAUCACCGAUGACCCUAAAAAAUUCUUGGAAAGAAACUGGUCUACCUCUACCUCUGUUUGCAGCUGGGUUGGGGUCAUUUGCGAUGCCAACCACCAAAGAGUCACAACCUUGAAUCUGUCCUACAUGGAUCUUAAAGGAACCAUACCUCCACACUUGGGAAACCUUUCAUUUCUGUCUGGUUUAUCCUUCCGAGAGAACAACUUGGGUGGCUCUCUUCCCGACGAGUUGGGCUCGUUGCAUAGGUUGAGAACAGUCAGCUUUGGCUCGAACAACUUGCAGGGAGAGAUACCAUCCUGGUUGGGGUUCUUGCCUAAACUUCAAAUGUUGAAUCUGAGGGAUACCAAGAAGUUUGACAAACUGUACUUCACUCAAGGGUCUUUUUUUAGGUGAGAACAGCUUGAGAGGUAAGACUAUAAUCGGUUCAAUUUAAAUACUAUUUUCUCUCUGCUCAAUGAAAGCUGAAAAUCUCUCUCCAAAAAAAAAAAAAAGAUCUUUAGGAAACCUUAAAAAAUCUUAGCUGCAGCAGGAUAUUUAAAUGAUGUGUAGCCAUGCUGCAGAGGGUUUAUUAUAAAUACCACCACAGAAAUUAGAAAAGUGUCUACUUCCGUCUUGAUCAUGACCUUCUUCUUUUCAAAAGCAAAUGCACUAUAUGUAUACCACAAGUCUUCUUACAAAUUUCUUACAAACUGAGAUGCUUCUUCAUGGUGAUGCAUGUAUACAUUUGUUUUGGAAACGUUGUUGCAGGUGAAAUACCACCAGAGAUUGGGACUCUUCAAAAUUUAGAACAAUUGAGUGCCAACACUAACAACUUAACUGGUCGCAUCCCAAAUAUAAUCUUCAAUGUCUCAACAAUUAAAAUCAUUGAUCUCCGCUUGAACAAGCUUUCAGGCCAGCUUCCAGAUAGCAUAGGUCAUUGUCUUCCAAAUCUGGAGGAACUUUACCUAUGGGAUAAUGAACUAAGGGAAAAAAUUCCCAGCAGCAUAUCAAAUGCUUCUAAGCUCACUGUACUAGAGCUGGCAGCAAACUAUUUCUCUGGCACUCUUCCUAAUACCCUCGGAAACUUAAAGCAUCUGAAGGAGCUCAACUUAGCUGGCAAUUAUUUGACCAGAGAAUCUUCGUCUCUAGAGUUGAGUUUUCUUUCAUCUUUGACAAACAGCAGAGGGUUGGAAAAGAUAAUGCUAGCAAAUAAUCCAUUGAAUGGUACCCUUCCAAUUUCAAUGGGAAACUUCUCUACUUCUCUAACCUCUUUUUCUGCAUUUGAUUGCCAUAUCAAGGGCACCAUCCCAAAACAGAUUGGCAACUUGAGUGCCUUGAUUGUCCUCCGCCUACAAAACAAUGAAUUGGCUGGGCCUAUUCCAACUGCAGUCGGAGAAAUGAGAGAGCUCCAAGGUUUGUAUCUUCAACGCAAUAGAUUGCAAGGAUCCAUCCCACCUUAUUUGUGUUACUUAAGGAAAUUGGAUGAAUUAAACUUAAGUAGUAAUGAGCUCUUUGGAUCCAUUCCAACUUGUUGGGGAAAUCUCACUUCUCUUCGAAACUUGUACUUAGAUUCCAACAAUCUGACAUCCACAAUACCCCAUCCUUUUGGAGUCUUCAGGACAUACUGGAAGUAAACUUGUCUAUGAAUUCGCUAUGUGGCCAUCUGCCACAAGAUAUUGGGAAUUUGAAGGUGGUAACACAUAUAGACUUGUCGUGGAACCAAUUUUCAGGUGAGAUCCCGGCUGCGAUUGGAGGACUGCAAAGUUUGAAAACCCUCUCCUUAGCGCAUAACAAUUUCCAGGGUCCUCUGCCUCAGUCAUUUGAUGGGUCAGUAAGUGCAGAAUUUUUGGAUUUCUCUGAUAACAACUUGUCAGGAGUGAUUCCCAAAUCCCUAGAGGCACUCAGGUACCUCAAAUACUUCAAUGCGUCUUUCAAUAGAUUACGAGGGGAAAUCCCAUCUGGAGGUGCUAUUGCGAUCUUCUCGGCUAGAUCA